AAUCAUUACUCUUACUUAGCAUAUCCUGGAUCUUGGAAAAAAACAACCAACAUAUCAAUUCAGAUUUCAGACUAUGUUUUUAGCCACACAUGCACGGUGUGAGAAAAAUCUUCUGAGACUAGUGAGAACCGCACUUAUAUAUGCUUUCCAUGCCAUGUGCUAGCUGUAGCAGCAAUUCCUCCAAACAAUAAUGUCACCUAAACUUCCACGGAAGAUCCGUCUCCUCCUUUCCACCCUCAACUUUGUCACCGACUUAUGUCGCCGCUCAAACGGCACCAUCAACCGCUGUCUUAUGAGCCUCAUCGACUUCAAAUCCCCUCCCUCUGAAAAUCCCACCAAUGGAGUCCAAACCUCAGAUUUCACAGUCGAUCCCUCCCGAAACCUUUGGUUUCGCCUCUACACUCCCACCACCGCCACCACCACCAACAACAACAGCAAUAGCCUCCCAAUCAUCUUUUACUUCCAUGGUGGUGGGUUUGGCUUCUUUGCCGCAAACUCAAAACCCUUCGACGACUUAUGCCAACGACUCGCUCAAGAAAUCCCCUCCAUCAUCAUCUCCAUCAACUACCGCCUCGCACCAGAGCAUAAGUAUCCAUGUCAAUACGAAGACGGCUUUGAUGUCUUGAAGUUCAUCGAUGAAGAAAACUUCAAACAUUUUCCUCAAAAAGCUAAUUUGAAACAGUGUUUUAUCGCUGGAGACAGUGCUGGAGGUAAUAUAGCUCAUCAUGUGGCACUCAAAGCGUGUGGAUAUAAGUUUCUUAAGCUGCAAGUUAUUGGACUUACAUCUUUGCAGCCAUUUUUUGGUGGAGAAGAACGAACUGAAUCCGAAACCAACCUUGCUGGAGCUCCGCUAAUUACAGUGGAGCGUACUGACUGGAUGUGGAAAGCGUUUUUGCCACAAGGGUCCGACCGAGACCAUGCAGCUGCUAACGUCUUUGGGCCGAACUCCAUCGAUAUUUAUGGGUUGAAGUUCCCGGCGACGAUUGUGUUUGUUGGAGGGUUCGACCCUUUGCAGGAUUGGCAAAAGAAGUACUACGAGGGGUUGAAGAGAGCUGGGAAAGAAGCAUAUUUGAUUGAGUAUCCGAAUGCGAUUCACUCAUUUUAUGGGUUUCCUGAGUUUCCUGAGUCAUCGUUGAUGAUUAAGGAGAUGAGGGAUUUCAUGGAAAAGCAAUCCUACAAAUGAUAUUACUGGAAAUAGGAAAGCAAUUAUGUAAAAAGCGAAAUUAAAGGAUUGAAAUAAAAUUUGAAGAAAAUUAGAAGGUUAAUUUUGUAUUUUAGCCCAUAAAAUAAAAUAAUGUUCUUGAAGUUA